AUGAUUAAAGAAGUUAGAGUUAUACCGGAUGAUUCAGGACUGUACAUGCCGGAUGAUAUCCCAAAAUUUGUCGAGAAAUACAAAGCAAGGACUGCACGCAAGCCAAGGGCAAGAAGAACGGAUCUUGUCAAAGGAAUGGUUGUCGUUGUUUUGGAAGGAGUUUUUGCAUCGAAGAGGGUAGUGUACUUGAAGGGAUUGGAAGGCAAUCUUGCACUGUGCACAGGCCCAAAGUCGAUUAACGGAGUGCCAUUUUUCAAGAUUGACGAGAGAUACUUAUUGGCAACGUCUACAGUCCUGAAUGUCGAUGUGGAUGUAGAUAUUGACGAAAAGAACAUCUUUUUGACUGAAAGAGAUGUCUACGCCACGCCCAUGGAUGUUGAGAUGACCGAUGUUGAGGAGAAGAUUAGCGAGGAGAUUGCAAAAGCUGUUAAGGAGGUCAAAUACAUGAAGUCUUAUCUUUCAGAGCCAUUUGAGAUUGACACUACAAGAAACUUCUACUCUUUGAAGUAUUAA